AUGAAUGCUUUGUACAAUCAUGCUGUGAAACAGAAGACGCUCUUGCAAAGGGAUCUCAGUAAGUUCGAAAAGGACCUGGCUACAUCGCCCAUAUCUCUACAAGGAUCGAUAUCUGCUACGCUUAUAUCCUUUGAAAAGACCAUCGACCAGUACACUGAUCAAUUGAAAAAGUAUAAGCUAAAUAAUCCAGCUGAUAACGAAAAGGCUCAAACAAAAUACCAGUGUAGAUUAGAGUCCUUGCGUCAAGAUUAUGAGGAUGGUAAAGAUAAAUUUCAAGAGCUGAAGAAGAAGUUUAAUGAAGUCAAUACGCGUGAUCAGCUUCUGAAGUCGAGCAGUAAUCCGUUCGAGGAGGAAACAGUCAUGAAUAAAAGAAAUAUUGGCAAUCAAGUGAACGAUAACUUAGGGAACAACAGAAAUAAUAGCUCUGAAUUGCCGAUGUAUCAAGGUCUAAGAAAAGAACACUCGAUUUUUGAGAGAGGAAAUGCACAACUUGACUACAUUCUUGAAAUGGGCCAACGGUCCCUUGAAGAUGUGAUGGAGCAAAAUGCAGUUCUUCAAAAAAUGCAAAACCAAAUGACCAAAAGUCUUCAGACGUUGGGUGUUUCCAAUGGAACGAUAGAGAAGAUCAACAAGCGCGUAUUCAAAGAUAAGUUGAUAUUUUGGGCGGCCCUUGCUCUCAUGUUUAUGGGUUUCUUCUUUUUGUUAAAAUGGUUACGCUAA